GCUCGGCCGGAGCGAUGUGGGCGUUGCUGGGCAGGCUCGGCGUGGCGCAGGCCGUGGGCCCGGCCCGGUUGAUCGCUGUGCGCCCCGCGGCCGCAGGAGCCUUCUCCAUACCCCACGUUACCAUGGCCACCCACAUCUCCAAGGAUCAGGAGGAGAGAAUCAGGUGUGUGAAGGGGGACCUGUUCUCGUGCCCGAGCACGGAUGCCCUGGCUCACUGCAUCAGCGAGGAUUGCCGCAUGGGCGCCGGCAUCGCCGUGCUCUUCAAGAAGAAGUUUGGAGGCGUCCAGGAGCUCUUGGAUCAAAAGAAGAAGACCGGGGAGGUGGCAGUUCUGCAGAGGGACGAGCGGUACAUUUAUUAUCUGAUUACAAAGCAGAAGGUUUCUCACAAGCCCACGUAUGAGAGCAUGCAGAAGAGUUUGGAAGCCAUGAAAGCUCACUGUCUGAACAAUGGAGUCACUGACAUCUCCAUGCCCAGGAUUGGAUGUGGACUCGAUGGCCUGCAGUGGGAAAAGGUGUCAGCCAUCCUUCAGGAAGUGUUUGAGAACACUGACAUCAAGAUCACAGUUUACACCCUGUGAGCAGAACAAAGAUCCCCCAUUUCCCCCGAUUUUGGAAGCAGCACCUGUGAACUGACAAGGGAGCACGUUCUGCAUUCGGGUGUCACUUGUGUGACAGUGACAGGGGCUUCCAGCAGCAGCAAGCUCCAGAGAAACUCAUUUGGGGCUGUUAAUUAGCAAACCCUGGGGGAGCUGGCAGCGUGUGCUGCAGCCACCAGGUGUCACUGGGGCUCCACGCAGCCACACGGAGCCGCUGCCUCGCGGCUAUCGGGGCUUUCUGCGGGCUUGGUGCUGCUGAGCUGCCCCUGGCAGCGCUGCCACCUCUGCUUUGUUCUCUUUGCCACGUCCUGCCUGGCACUCGGGUCACUCACCCCUUCUCACAGGUGGAACUGUUUCAUUUCUCCCUUCCGGCCACAAAUUGGGUUUGUUGAGAUGGUGCUCACUCAGGAUCAUGGUGUGAUGUUGAAAUAAACAGUGCCCUGCUGGUGGAUUGGUACUGUGGCUGUUCUGGGGACAGGCUGGGAGUGAAUACACCUGCUGGGUGUGUUUUAUACAUCAAACAGGUGGGUGUGCUCUAAAAACCCACAGGAUGGAGUUUAAGGCGGGAUUUUCAUGGUUCUUUGUUUGUAGUUCAGGUGUUACACAUAGGUUGGUGUUUGUUACCCAAAACAAAAGCAAAUCAGCACCACCCCUGGUUCCUGAGAUCCAUGGAAAACUGAUUUGGAAGAGUUUGUUCCAGAACUGAGGAACUGCCACAGACAUUUCCUUCAUGUUUGGUUUCCCACCCUCCCACAAUAACAAAUCUUUUGGACUUCUCUCAUUCUGAAUGGCCAGAAAGGUGCCAGGUGUGUUGAAGAAAUAUAAAAAUGGGACAUGAGAGUUUGGAAUUUUGUAGCAUGACAGGUUUUCCUUGGGAAGGGACUGGGUUAGUCACUGGGGCUGUUUUGCUGCUGUUUUCUCCCUAUCCUUACUCUCCCUGUUCCUUGCCCAUGUUUUGUAAACCUGUUUGCUGGGGAAUUGCUGUAGCUGGGAAAAACAACCUUGGACAAAGAGGAAUUUGGAGCAAUGAGCUGAUCCAGAGCAGGCACUGAGGCUGCUCAUGGAUUCAGUUUUUCUCCUUGUUUGUGUCUGGGUUUUUGUUCUGGUUCCUUACUCAUGGCAUCCCCAUGAGCUUUGUUUUACAUGGAAAAUGAUCCUGCUCUCCAACACUUGUGUGUACUCUGGAAAUUUUUUUGGCAUUUAGUUCUCCCUUCCCAGCUACAAAAUAUUCCCUGUGUGGCUGUCCCGGGAUGUCCUUGAACUCAGACUUGUCAGGUUCAAUUUAGGAUUCUUGCAAGUAGAGGAGAAGGAAUAAACAGUGCUUUGGUUUUUGCA